GCGAUGGCCGCGAAGCUCAAGGCCUUGAUCGAGCACGCGCAGACGGUAAGAGAGGAGUUCCACAAAGUGCGCCAGACGCACGUGCAGCGCAUCGAGGACGAGCAGCGAGAGCGAGAGCAGCAGGAAAAGACUGAGGACAACCCAGACCAGGCGGAUGAGGCCGAGCCGGAGGCAACGCAUCAGGCGAGCACUACGGCGAGCCAGACAGCGAGCCAAUCACGGCAGGGCAUGAAGAAGUUCUUGCGAGCCGGCUCUGCCGCGCCGCAAGCGUUUUCCACCGAGAAGCUUACCAAGCUGAAGUCGCAGAAGGCGCAGUCUUCGGAGGUCAAGGCCAAGGACGCCCUGCAGACGCACGAGGAGAAAAAGAGGUUCGAGGCCUUGCCGAAGCAGGAGCAGAUCAAGCGCAGCGUCUGGAGGCGUGGCGUUUCGGCCAGGGACCUGAAGAAGUACCUGAACGAGGAGCUGGACCAGGAGCAGGCCUGCCUAGGCCUCAUUUGGGCCGUGCUGAUGCUCUGGUUCUUCUGCAUGGGCGCGUUCUCGCACAUGAGGCUGGAGGAGGCGCACGCGCAGGAGUUCGCUGUGAUCUUCGACAUACAGGAGAACGCGAACUUUGCAUUCAGCGGCUCCGUGCCGCACGAGAACGGCCGCAUGGGCCACAAGACCAUGAACGACAUCAACAGCAUCCCCGACUUUUGGUCGUGGAUGAAUUUGGGCUUCGUUCCGUUGCUGUUCCCCGCCGAGGGCUCCUGGGAUACCGACGAGAUGCGAGCCAACGUGGGGACCAUGUGCAAUAGUUACAAGGCAGCGCUCGAGGGGUUCGGUGGCUACGACGACGACAUGCUCAGCGGCACGACGGACACUACCGGCAUUCACGGCAACAUGAACACCGAUUCUGGCUGCCCCGAGGCCGAGGCGCCCGGGCCCGCGUGGCCCGAGGGCUUCCUGGGGGCCGAGGGGCAGCAGGGGCACACGUACCUCUACUACCAUUCCAUCGUCGGUGGGGCCCGUAUGCAGCAGGAGUACAUGCCGGUCAAGAGCUGCCCCGAUGAGGUGUUCCACGGGAGCCUCUUCAGCGGGAACUGCGUGCCGGGAAUGGAGCCCAACUACAUGCUCGAGCCCGAGCCGCAGCAGGCGUUCUUCCCGUACGACACGCAGUACCUGAACACGAGCACGCGGGUGUUCCUGAAAGCGCACACCUCCCAGGCGGACCUCAGGGCGCAGCUCCGCGAGCUCGAGGACCAGGUCUGGCUGUCGCCGCACACGGCGAAGGUCGAGAUCGUUUACACCACGUACAACCCCCAUCUCAACUCCAUGACGCUGACCUUUAUCAAUUUCUUCAUGAACCGAGCAGGCCACAUCCACAAGGUGAUCGAGCCGAUCAGUUUCUUCCUCCAGCCGUACAACACGUGGUCGGACUACGUCUGGGACGUAUUGUGGUGCGUCAUGGUGGUGAAGCUUGCCUUCGACGAGAUCCCAGACCUCUACUCUAACAUUAGACUGCACGGAGGAUGCAGGGCUGGCCUGAAGAAGUACAUGUCCCUUGGCAACAUGGUGGACUGGCUCAACAUCGUUCCGGGGCUGGCUCGGGCGAAGAUCGCGGGGUACAUCUCCUUGUACUGCGAUGGGGGCGGCGGCAGCACCUCGAUGAUCUCGAUGGGGUUCUUCAAUUUCCGCACCCGUGCUUUCCAGGCACUCUUGAGUGCGUCAAACGUCUGGAUCUUCUUCGCCUGGCUGAUGUGCGCUUUCAUGUGUUUCUGUGAGAUCCCGAACUCGUUCGAGGGUGAGGCGGAGCUUCCCACUUCCCACCGCGCCGGCCGCCAGGAGGAGCUGCCCGAUGCCAACGGAGCCGCCAUUGCCAUGUGGGGUUGGACCUUCAAGCACAAAGAUCAAGGGCACUUCGCUUCUUUGGAUUGGGUAACGGCCCAGCCACGCCAUUUCAACUGGGCCAAAGCAGCGCCAGACAUCGAGGACAUGUGGCCCAAGUCGGACCACUGGCUCGUCGGCGCCUCUGGAGGUGCCGGCGCAGGCACCAACAUCCCCCAAAAGCCCUGGGACGCCGUACUGCGGGUCCUGGCCGCCAAGCCUUGCAUCCCAGCGCUCGCAGCAGCGGGCCUCUCUCUCGCGGCAUGGAGGGAGCAUGUGGUGGAUGUGUUCCACGCCGCGCUUGCCUUCUCCGAGGUGUACGUCUUGGUUUGGGCGCUCUCGCUGAGGUGA